AUGACUCUGCCAAAAUAUAUAAACCAAUCCUCGGAAAACUUCCUAUUCACGUCAGAAUCAGUAAGCGAAGGGCACCCAGACAAACUAUGCGAUCAAAUAUCAGACGCGAUAUUGGACGCGUGCCUGGAACAGGACCCGGAAAGCAAAGUGGGCUGUGAAGUGUGCGCAACAUUUGAUACAAUAAUGGUAUUCGGAGAAAUAAGCACAAAGGCCAAAGUUGAUUACGAAAAGGUGGUCAGAGAUUUGAUCAGAGAAGUAGGAUACACGUCCAUAGAUAAAGGAUUGGACUGUGAAAAGGUAAAUAUAAUAUUGAAACUUAAAACACAAUCGCCAGAAAUAGCAAAAAACGUACACGUGGGAAGGUCAAUUGAACAAAUAGGAGCAGGAGACCAGGGAAUUAUGUUUGGUUACGCAACGAAUGAGACGCCAGAAGCAUUCCCACUGUCACACCUGCUAGCAACGAAGCUGGUGCAGAGGUUAGCGUACGUGAGGAAGAACAACAUAGUGCCGUACCUGAGGCCGGAUUCUAAGACGCAGGUGACUCUGGAGUACAGAAAGAACACAAACGACGUGGUGGAGCCGAAAAGAAUUCACACAAUACUGCUGUGCACACAACAUAACCCAGACGUUGACUACGAAAAAAUGAAAAAGGACCUGAUGCAGCACGUAGUGAUGAAAGUUAUGCCAAAAAACCUAAUAGACGAAAACACGGAGUUUCUGUUCAACGUAGCAGGGUCGUUUGUAGUAGGAGGGCCCUCGUCAGACGCAGGACUGACAGGAAGAAAAAUAAUAGUGGAUACGUACGGAGGAUGGGGAGCACACGGUGGAGGAUGCUUCUCAGGAAAAGACGCAACGAAAGUAGAUAGAUCAGGAGCGUACUACGCAAGAUGGGUAGCAAAGUCACUGGUGGUCAACGGAUUCUGUAAAAGAGUGCUAGUGCAAGUGUCGUACUCAAUAGGACUGGUGGACCCAGUGUCACUAUACGUAAACUCGUACAGAACAGUGACAAAAGGAUACACAGACGAAGACCUGGAAAACAUAAUACUGAGAAAUUUUAACUUCAGAGUAGGACACAUAAUAGAGGAACUGAAGCUGAGAAGACCAAUAUUCAGAAAAACAAGCGUAUACGGACACUUCGGAAGAGAAGAACCAGACUUCCUGUGGGAACACGCAAAGGAUCUAUCUCACGAGAAGAAGAAAAGCGGAAACAGCCACAGAGUAAACGGAUACGGAAGAAAGACAGAAAAGGAAUUAUAA